AUGAUUAUUUAUUUUUUUAUCCAUCGAACUGUUCAACUUGCAGUACCCAAACCGGGCGACAAGGAUGGCUGGACUGCUCGGAACCAACAGGUUGCAAAGAUAUGGAAAACCUUAAGCAAAGACCAGAAGGCUGUCUUUCAAGAUCCUUAUUUUUUUGCUCUGGCUGGCUUACCCGACCUAUCUGCCGUGCCUUUCAAAGGUGAUGGCGAAGUUGUUGAAUCAGAAGAUGGAGAAGUUGACACUAGCCUUCAGCACCUGGAUGAUUUGACAGUCGCACCUGCGGUUUACAAACUCACCAGUGAAGAUAGAUUAAAAUAUCAGCCUAUAUUUGAUGAACUGGUUGACGCUGAUAAGCUCCACCUGUGUCAUGGUAAACCUGCUUCUUCGGAUUCUGUAGCUACACUUCAAAAAAAAUCUUUGGUGGAGCUCCGAAAAAGCUCAUCAUGCUUUUGUCAACGAUAUCAAAUAACUUAUUAUAUGGCUGGUGUUAGUUGUGGAAGCACCGAAGGCUGGACUCAAGUAUAUUCAAACGACACUUCAUUUGCAAACUGGGCAUCAAAGGAUGCCAAAGUUCCCGAGACACUCAGCUCUUACAUCCACGGUAAGUCGGCUGUAAAGAAAGUCGAGGGCAUUAAGGUACAACAACCAAGUGACAAACGUAAAACUCGCCUAGGGAAGCAACUCAACCACCUACUUGAUGUUUUCCGUAAAGGCAAGACUUUUCCUAAGCUUGAAGACCCUGUGGAUGAAAUCAAGAUGAAGGGUUGGCCGAUUCGUAUUGUUCAAAAAGAAGGUAGUCUUCUAUCAGAAGAGGAAUUGAAGACAGGCCAUUGUCUUGCUAAGAGCUCAACGGUCAAGAACUGGCUGAAGGAUAUAGAAGAAAAACGAUUUGUUAUUGAACUCAUCCCUGAUUCAGAGCAAUCAAAUCGCGAAUCACAAUGCAAGAUCAAAAAGAAGAGAAAAGCGAAAAAAGCUGAACAAGUCUCUACGCAGCAUACUCAACGUCACACCAACUCUGAUGGUAAUGAAAGCCCUCAAGUCACUCAGUCAAAUUCAAACGUCACCAAUUUAAAACGCAAACUUCAACAAUUAGCUAAAGGAGACUGUAUGCAGAAAAAGAAGAAGUGCAAUCGAUCACCAACACCUGAAACCUCAGAGUCUGAAACCUCUGAGUCUGAAUCUGACACUUUACCCGAAGACGAUAUUGAUGAUUGA